GGUGGCGACUGCUGCUUGCGCGCGCGCGCGAUCCGUGGCUGUGUAUGCCUAUGUUUUGUUGCUACUGCUGCUGUGAUGCGUCUGCCAAAUAUUGAGUGGUCGUCAUCGCCGCCGCCGUCGUCGUCGUCGUCGCGCUGUGCGUAAAGGAACGGGCUGCAGCGGCGCGGGGAUCCCGUCAGCUGUUUGCGAGCGAACAUCCCAUCGGCGCGUAGCAUAGCGCGACGUGAAGCGGAGCGUAAGAGCGAGGCGAGCGAAGAAACGGAGCAAGUGAGCGAGCGAGGUAUCGCGCGGAAGCCGCUCAAGUUAGUCGCGGGACGACGUGGGGCGGAUCGGUGGGUCACGGUGUGUGCGUCAGUCGGUGUGCGGCGGCGGUCGUGGAGUGUUCGCGUGCAAGCGCGAUCUCGACGGGAGGAGAGUGAUGGCGUAGACCUCGCCGCGCUCCGGAAGCGACGAACCGUGCGAGAGGAACGAGAGAAAGAGAGCGAGCUACGCGCGCUCUUCAUACUCAUCCGUGUCGCGGUUGGUGGUUGUGUUGAAUACAGCCGAUCACGUUGUAACGCGAUAUAACGCGCGUCGCCGUCGUUGUUGCCAUCGCCCACGUUGAUCACUGCCGUCGCCCGCGAACGAACGCAGCGCGACGCACGGAACGGACUCCUCGGUCAUUGUCGUGAUUCGGUGGUGAUCGCGAGACGUCAAGCGGUGGUGUGUGCAGUGUUGCUUGGCAAGCAAGCAGAAAAACGAGUGAAGCGGAAGGUGGUGUGGUUGUAGCGCACGUUCUUCCAUCGUCGUCGUCGCCGCGUCGUCGUCGUGUCGUGUUGUGUUGUUGUUGUCACGCUCUCGUCGACCCUGUUGCUGGCUACCGCGUCACGUAUCGUCGCGUCGCGCCGUCCGUGUCUUGUGUUUUCUGUCGCGCGGUAUUCGCGCGAGGUGGUGUCGAGCAACGCCAGGUAGCCGACGGCGUGUCCCGACUUCAGCGGGGAAUAUAGUAUUACGAUGAUCAGUGACACGUACGGAUACGUUCUCUUCUUGCUGCUGUUGUUGCUGGUGCCCGACAUCGAGAGUGCUCGCCGGUUGAACGAGUACAUUCGUCACUACGAAACACUAUCAUAUCCUGUCGAGGAGGUCCAUCGGAGUCACCUGAGGACGAAGAGAUCGAUCAGCCGCGAUAGUACCGUGACGUUGAAGUUCCGUGCGCACGGCAAGGACUUCCACAUCCGAUUAAAGCGGGACUUGACCACCUUUAGCAACAAUCUAGUUAUUGAGGGACCUACGGGGGACAGACGGGACGACGUCGACAUCUCCCAUAUUUAUCAGGGCAACCUAAUCGAUGACCCUGGUAGCCAUGUGUUCGGAAGUGUCAGCGAUGGAGUCUUCCACGGGAAGAUAGUAUCACCGAGAAGUGGUGCAUGGUAUGUGGAAAGGGCGCAUUACUACUUUCCGCCGCACGAGAUAAACGAGACGCUGCAUUCUGUAAUCUAUCACGAGGAUGAUGUCGAUGAUCCAUAUACGGACGUUCGACAAGGUGAAAGUGGAGGAUGUGGCAUUACUGAUGAGGUGAUAGAAUGGAUGGAGAAAAUCCAGAAUUCCGCCGAACCGGAAGUACCUCCUAAAACAGUCUCGUCGGUGAAUCAAAAGGAACCGAAACCAAAUGUCGCACCCUGGAAUGGCGAUCAGGAAAGUCCUGGUCACAAAUACAGUAGAGAAGCUAAUGAACCUAGUCAUCGUAGGCCACGAAGAGCCACCAGGUCGAAGGAGAACAAUACCUGCUCGCUUUUCAUACAAACGGAUCCUCUUAUAUGGAGGCAUAUCUCCGAACAGUUGCAUCACGACGCGGAGAAAACCAGAGAGGAGAUACUGUCUCUAAUCGCUCACCACGUCACCGCCGUGAACUACAUCUACAGAGACACGAGAUUCGAUGGCAGAAUAGAGCACAGAAAUAUCAAGUUUGAGGUUCAACGAAUAAAGAUUGACGACGACACGGCAUGCACGCAGCAACAGACGUACAGCGAACCGAACCCCUUCUGCAUGGAGAACAUCGACGUCAGCAACUUCCUGAAUUUGCACUCUCUCGGGAACCACGAGGACUUCUGUCUCGCCUACGUUUUCACGUACAGGGAUUUUACUGGAGGCACCCUCGGACUCGCCUGGGUCGCGUCCGCGUCCGGCGCGUCUGGCGGUAUCUGCGAGAAAUAUAAGACUUAUACUGAAACAGUGGCCGGCAUGUAUCAGUCCACUAAGAGAUCCCUGAACACUGGCAUCAUAACUUUUGUGAAUUACAACAGUCGAGUGCCGCCCAAGGUAUCGCAACUGACUCUGGCGCACGAGAUAGGUCAUAACUUCGGAUCACCGCACGAUUUUCCGCCAGAAUGCAGACCGGGCGGCUUGGACGGUAAUUACAUUAUGUUUGCCUCAGCGACGAGCGGAAAUCGACCGAACAACAGCAAGUUCUCAAAGUGCAGCAUUGGCAAUAUCAGCAAUGUCCUAGAUGCCAUCGAGGAUAAUAAGAAGAGGAAUUGUUUCACUGGAGCGUUUUGCGGAAACAAAAUCGUCGAAGCAGGCGAGGAGUGCGAUUGCGGAUACGAUGACAACGAAUGCGUGGACAAGUGCUGUUACCCCAGGCAAGUGUCCGAGCUGGAUAAGAUCAAGAAUGAUUCAGCGAAAGGUUGCAACAGAAAAUACGGGACGCAAUGCAGUCCUAGUCAAGGACCUUGCUGUUCGAGCGAGACGUGCCAAUUCGUGCCGCUCUCACAUAAAGUCCAAUGUAGAGCUGAAUCUGACUGUAGCUACAAUUCUACUUGUAACGGACGAUCCUCCGAGUGUCCAGCGCCGCUACCGAGAGCGAAUAAGACCAGAUGCAACGAGGGCACUCAGCUGUGUAUCAACGGCGAGUGCACCGGGUCCAUUUGCCUAGAGUGGAAUCUGACAGAGUGCUUUUUAACGAGCAGCAUCAUACCGAACAUCGACAAGCGGAAGCUCUGCGAGCUCGCCUGUCAAAAUGGUACCGAUGCGUCAACGUGCCGCGGUACGAGCGAGUUUGCGCACAUGGUGGGAUUGCCCGAGGGCGGAAUGAGCCUCAGACCUGGUUCGCCAUGCGAUAAUUUUCAGGGAUACUGUGACGUUUUCCUGAAAUGUCGAGCCGUCGAUACGGAAGGGCCGCUUGCAAGGUUGAAAAAUCUAUUGUUUAAUAAAGAAACUCUAUCAACGGUAGCGCAAUGGAUAACUGAGUUUUGGUGGGCGGUACUGUUGAUGGGUAUAGCUUUCAUCAUAUUUAUGGGAUUAUUUAUCAAGUGUUGUGCCGUGCACAUUCCUUCCACUAAUCCUAAAAAGCCGCCUGCGAGGCGCAUCAGUGAUACGUUAACAAGACCGAUGAAUACUCUUAGGAGAAUGCGACAUCCGCACGGUGGAGGCGGGGCUGGGCCAAGAAGUAUACCUCCAAGGCCGAGUCAAGGCGGACACGGAACGCGUGGACCCUCUCAUGGUUACGGAGAGGGUAGAGGUGCUCAGUAUUAUCCAAAGGGCUAUCGCUCGGUUCCCACAGCUAGUGCGCCACCAAGCAGCGGCUCAGCAGCAGACAACUACGGCCGUUCCAACCACCCAGAACUGCACCCCGGCACCUAUUCGGGCUCCGGGGGAGGGGGGAGGGGCACAGCCUAUGAGAUGAGGCAUCACAACAAGGUGUGACAAUCUUAGGACGUCGUCACGGACGAGGACCACCAAUCGCGGCGUUGCACCACGAGUCGUUGUGUAAAACGAUUGCCAAACGAAGCGAAGGGAACCGAUCCACUCCUCCACAUAAGGAACGCGAUGAUGUCUCGUAACUGAGGUCGAAGCAAUAACGACGAGGUACAGCGUGACGACGAUACAGUACAGGAUGGUUCAGCAGACUGAGAGAGGUCCGGCUUCAUCUGAGUUACGUUGAAUUCGCGUAAAGCGGAAGAGUUGCACGUUAGACUCAUAGACACGAAAGAAAGUACGCAUCAGCGAUCAGAUCGAUCUCUCAUUUUGUAUCGGUUCGGUAGAUGUGAUUUCGCUUGUUAGAUAAACGCUGCGAACGGAGCGACUCGGAGGAUCGAGCUGACACGGAAUCACAGACCGUAAAAGACAAUGCAUCGUACGUCGGAGAAGUCGGAUCAACACUCUCGGAGAAUUUUAUAUAUUAUAUUUAAUCUUUUUUAUGUAGAGCCACCGAUGACGCGCGAUCCUCCGUGUGUCUUGCCGUGUUCGAAAGACUCGUCGCAUGAUCAAAUUUUAGAACGCUUCCCAAAUUUUAGAAGCCUUCGACCGCGAAGGUGAUAUUGUUAUAUGAUCAAAGUAAUUUAAAUUGAUCCAAUGUGUGAUUCAUUUCGCUUUAGCGUUCGACGCUACAUUCGCGCAGCGACGACUAGACCAUAUAUAGGGCACGUCGUAUAUUCGCUCUUUGACGUUACGAGCAUUUCACGAGGCCAAGAUCACGAUUACGGUCUUUGUGUCUGACUGCGUCCUUCGAGGUGUCGAUACCGUGCAUGUCGCUCUCGAAAGUUAGAUUCAGAAAUCCCGAAUCUCUGAGUCUGAAUUUGUUGGAGAUUAAGUACGAGUUUAGUGAGAAAUUGGCAAUAAGACAAUACAACCUGUAAUUGGUACGUUGGUAAGCGGCAUAAACGAGUGUAAACGAGUUUUCCAUCGACAGACACGUAAUGAAAGAUCGCUUCUUUUCUCUUUUAAUCAAAUUGAGAGUUUAUCGUAUACACGAUAAACAAUCGAACAAAACUGAAUUUGAGACGGAAAAUUAGUAUUGAUGGAUAAAGUAUCGCCGUGAUGCGCGUGAUGUUAUUUAUUAUUCUUGAUAUUUUAAUGACUGAAAUAUAUUUCGCGAACAACUUUCUGGAGCGAAAUAGCACCCUACCAUUACCAAACCAUCGCAGGUCAUUCGCUUGAUCUCUGUACCAUUGUAGUAUAAUUAACGAUAUGUAUUAUUCUUAUACAUACUCAUUUGUAUUAGCCAAUUGAAGUGAGUGAAGCUAUGCGGGACUGCGAAAGAGUUUACGAGCAGCAACAACAAAAUAAUGCGUUUCUAUAGCGAUAUUCCAUUAACUAUUACAUAUGGAUAAAGAUUAUAUUGAUUAUUAUUAAGCUACGCUGAUUAUUAAUAUUAUUAUUAUUAUUAUUAUAAAUUAGUUAUAUCUUGCAGAUGAUAAUUUAUCUCCGCCUAUUGCGAAUGUUAUAAGUUAUAUUUAAUUAAAUAUGAAUUUUAACAUGCUAUAUUAAGUCGGGGGCUGCACCGUAAACGCGCGACUAUGCGUAUAGCGGACCAAAGACGAGCCCUCUUAUCGAAACGCGUGUUAUAUAUAUAUAUAUAUAUAUAUAUACAUGGGCUCACACGUAUACACAGCUGCAUACUCGUAAGCGAGAGAAACGAGAUCGAGAUCGGUUCUCAUCCUCGAGGUGAAUCGUAUCUGGUGCUAACGACCGUUGUCGAUACGAUUAAUGCACUUCCGUUCUCCGAAACGCCAACUUUUACAAAUAAAUGACUAAGUUUCUUUCCACUCGUCCCUUUAUCGGCGCGCUUAUUUAUGCAAGCGGAAAAGCGCGCUAUUGUCGAGAUUCGUGUUCGAUUUCCAUCCAGUUUUACAUCACCAGUUUCAAGUGGAUAAACAUCAAACUUAUGCGAGAAGCAUAUUUAAAUUAAUGUUAAAACGUUAAAUCGAUACUCGUAUCAAAGAUAAGCUGAUUGAACACGUACUAUUUUAAAUGAGAUUUAUUCUUUUUUUUUAUUCAAUCGAUUUUUAUAUUAUUUUUUAUUACUUUUAUUAUUAUUAUAGUAUUAUAUAGGUUUUGAUAUUUCGUAAUAACCAGGCGAAUGUCAUUCUCAAAAUUCAGGAAAAUUAAAACGAUUCAUCUCGUGAUAGGUUUAAAGCAACUUCGUUACGUAUUAAUUGAAUAAUUGAUGUAGCAAAACACUCAUAUUUUAAAGUUCAGCGCAGAUAAAACAAUAAUGAGCUACGUAUGUUUUUUUUUUCGUUAUUUUAUAGAUUUUAUAAGUAUCUGAGAUAUCUAUAAAAUUAUAUGUGUAUAUAUAUAUAUAUAUAUACAUAUACAUAUAAUAUAUUAUAUUCAGAAGUGAUACAUUUUGAUCUUACGUUUAUCAGCUAUAUAAAAAUUUUGGAUAUAUAAUUAUAUAAAAUUAGAAUAUAAAAAGAAGAAUUUCACAAUCGCGUUUAAUGUUAUUCCUCGAUGUGAUUCACAUGUCUAUGUCCGCAAUUGAAUUACCUUCUGCGUUGUAACUUUAAGACUGUGUUUUGUCUAGGCGGAAGGAUGGACAUAGGGAUGCAGGACGAGGAAAACGAGGAGGUGCCAGCAAAGACGCUACAAUACGAGUUUGCGGAUCGUGUGGAAAUGUACAAUAGACGCAAUGUGAUUAUUAGAUGGAUCAUACGAAGUCUUGUGAGACAAAAAGUAAGCGAAAGGAGAGCGAGACGAGAAAAUGGGACGGAAAGUAAAAAGUCCUUCGGGCGUGCGAGAAAAUAUUACGAGUGAGCGAAUUAUUGCGAGAAAGAGAGACCGCGAGAGUGUGUAUAUCCGUGUAAAUAUACUGAUAUUAUAAAAUGAUUAUAUAACCAUAACAAAUGGUAAAGCGAAUACAAAAAAAUACUUGUUUUUAUAUCAGAUCUGUAUUAUAGUGAAAUAUUAUUCUGUAUUUUGUAAUCAGGACGGAAGUUAAGGAUGACGAGCGAGUGUCUGUACGUGCGUGUAAUCGAGCCUCUAGGUUUUAAGUAUAAGAGUUUCCGUGACGAUCCAUCGUGGACCGGAGAAAUCGUACGAUCAACGUUAUUUAGGAAAUUUUGAGAUUUCUUGCGUGUAGGUGCAAAGGAACCUUGCGUGACCCCAUUCGCAGUCGCUCGUCACACCACCGGAUCGAUUCCGUUUGUUCGACACAAGCGACAAUCCGUGACAGUCUACGGAUGUGAUUUACUGCCAAUAAACGUAACGGGGCGCAUUCGAGUCUUCGAUUAAUUUUAAUAUGUUAUAGCAUAUCGCUAGAAACUUUCCCGCAAAUCAGUGUUAAUUGUCGUCUCUUAAACGUGCGAUAACGGCAUUAACGAAUAUUGUUGAAUAUUUUAGACAAACAAAACUUUUCAGGUAAAACAAAACUUUUUAUACGUCCAUUUUUAAAUUUCCUUUUACGCGUAAGAGAGAGAAAGAAAUUUUCCCAUGUUGAAGGAAGUGCGCAAAAAAGUCGGAACAACGUCGUUUCGAAGAGGGUCACCGAGACUCUCUGGGCGAUCACUUCGUUCCGAGCCACUGCCAUUUGAUGAGCAAUCUCGAGGUAGUUAGAAUACGCUUUUGGAACGAGCUGACGUCCCGGUGUGUGUUUUGCGAACGGUGCGCACCGAUUAACUUUUGCUUCCAUCUCACUGCCAUUACCACUUCGAGCGACUGAACACGCGGUCAAAGAUCACAAAAGUACGAGUUCGCACAUGAAUAUCAAACGAAGACAACGUAGAUAAUGAUGCCUCGUUGCGUUUCGAAAAAAAAAGAAGCCUAAAGAACGGGCGUGGAAUGGGGUAGUCAAGUAGUAGUACUAGUUGACAAUUGAAGUCGCUUGCGCGUACGAAAGGACUAUAAGAUAAGAAUAAAUUUCCCUUCAUCAUUUAUCCCGGACCUCUACUACAUAUGCUUAAGCUUAUUCAUUUCCGCAGUGUCUGGACUAAGAUCUGAUCUAUUUUGAUCCCUCACACUCCGUGUGGCGAACGAACUUAUACGAUCCUCGUUGCGGUAGCACGAUGUAUCGAGCCACCGCCGAGUGUGUCACGACGAUAAUAAGGCCCAUCGCGCGAUUAGUGCCGGUUGUACCUAUCUUAAUCCAGAGCCGCAUUACUGUGACGCGAUGCACAUACACACACACAUACAUACAUACAUACAUACACAGAACUCUAUCACUUGUACAUAAUGUUAGAGAGGAAAAAACAAAAAGAAAAGAACAAAUCGAAGAUUAUAUUUUUUCUAUCGAUCCAAAAACGUGGUGACCUAUCAACAUCGUGCAUUUGGGAUUAUUUAAGCGUGAUUUGUGCCCCCCUUCCUCUUUGUACCGAUCACUUUGCGGACCUAUAUGAACGAUUGUUUCUCCGGGAGAAAGCGUGCGUUUUUAUUUCGAGAGUUACUUGAAUAUCACGAAACAUCCUCUGCAAGUGGCUCUUACGUUCGUGCCGUACCUAUACUAUUUUAGUCGAUGCAACUUGGAAUGUUGCGUUUUCAUUUCCUCGUUGACGUCUGUCUAUCUCUUUAUUGUAAAUUAUAUAAGUGAGCAUGAUACUGACCAAUCGCCUGAACGUAGUUUCAGACCACCACUCUCUCUUUUCCCAAAAUAUCUAGAAUGCGGCGAGUGUUUUAAGGAUAUUAUAAAUAAAAGGAUUAUGAUUGUCAAUAUCCCUUGUGUUACGUUAAUGUGAUUAAGAGAGACAAAAGAACAUUGUAAAGAACUAAAUAAAGCAUACAUUUUACAU